CCCACGUCAGUCUAGAUACGCCGCCCCACCAAAACUUUAGAUCUGCCAGCUGCAAUUCACUUGUUCAGUCUUUAAUCAAUGAAGCCUCGUUAUUUACAGAAUCGCAACAAUUACCGAGUCCGAACUUAGAGAUAUCCCAAAAAGAAACCACCACUGUCGCUAAUAAAACAAAGAGGGAAUCGCGAGACGAGAUACACCUCUCGUAUCCAAGUAGCAAACACCCGCGACAACCCAAUUCAUCGCCAAUAUGGCUACGUCUGGAGAAACCUUCUACAUCCGAUACUACUCGGGCCACUCAGGUAGAUUCGGCCAUGAAUUCCUAGAGUUCGACUUUCGAGUCGUUGGUGACGGAAGAAGCGCCGUUGCGCGAUAUGCCAACAACUCGAACUACCGAAAUGACAGCUUAAUUCGCAAAGAGAUGUGUGUGAGUUCGUUAGUGGUAGACGAGAUCAAGCGCAUCGUAAAGACGAGCGAGAUUAUGAAAGAAGACGAUGCGAAGUGGCCUCAGAAGAACAAGGACGGACGACAGGAGCUAGAAAUUCGGCUGGGUAACGAUCAUAUAUCCUUCGAGACAGCUAAAAUCGGGUCACUCAUCGACGUGACCGAGUCGGCAGACCCCGAAGGAUUAAGGGUAUUUUACUAUUUGGUGCAGGACCUGAAGGCACUCGUCUUCAGCUUAACGUCACUGCAUUUCAAGAUCAAGCCUAUCUCGUGAGGGGACAGGGAGGGAGA